AUGGCAGACGCCCUGUCACUACAAAAGGACGAGCUCCUGGCUCUUGACCCGCCGCGCGUAGUGAGCAUCAGCGCUCCCCUCACGGACGCCUCCUCGGGAUCUUGGCUGAACCGUCGAGUCGUCACGCUGGCUCAGGAGCGCUUGGGACAGCUCUGGGCGGCAGAGGCCUCGAGUGGGGAUGGCGUCUGCGUGUUGUGGAACUGGUGGGAAUGGCUCGGCAACGGCGACUUCCUGGCUGAAGCUGGCCUACUCACCAAUCAUACCCUGACACUCUCUACACCGCCCCGCCUUCCUCCUUCCACAUUCCACCUCCUCCUCAAGACGCACGAUACGGCUGUAGCGCGUGCCGAUUUUGAGGGUACUGCCUUCCCCUGUGCCAUCUGCUUGGAGAACCGAAAAGGCAAACAGAGUGUCAAGUUACCAAAAUGCGGGUGUAUCUUUUGCUAUUCUUGCCUGAGCUCCUUCUGGAAGCUCGCCAUUACGGAGGGCACGCUCGAGAAUGUCGCCUGUCCGAGCACAGGGUGUGUAAAGGCGCGCAAAGCGGAGAAGGUCGACCAUGCUGCCGGCGCGUUCGCGGAGGAGAGGGCAGACGGUAUCGGGCCUGACGUUGUGGCAUCCGUUGUCGGACAAGAGAUGGCCGACAGGUGGCAGAUGCUGAGCGAGAAGCGGCUUGUCGACCAGAACCCCAAGUACACGUUCUGUCCCCGCAAGGAAUGUCAAGCCGCUGUACCGCCAGAUAUGCCUGUGGCCAACGCUCCGGCAGUACCAAAGGCCCAGGCCAAAGUGAUCCGGCUCGAUAUUCGCCGUCCCGACGCCGAAGAAAGCAAGGAUCAGCCUAUGUUUAGGCGCGGCUUGAACAGUGAAGAGGCGAGUGCCAAGUGGGACAACUGCCGAAGGUGUCCCAAGUGCAAAUACACUUUCUGCCUCGUUUGUCGGGCAGUAUGGCAUGGGGUGCACACACCGUGCGAGUUCAGCGACAUCGCGGCCGUCAUCAAGGAAUAUCUGGACGGCGACGAUGAAACGCGCGCGAGCAUGGAGAAGCGUCUCGGUCCAAGGGGCAGCGAGGCACUCCAUGCACUGAUCCGCGAGCACGAGCGCGAGGCCAUGUUCCAGCAAUGGGUGAGCGACAACGCCGCUACAUGUCCAAAAUGCGGAGCGAGCAUCCAGAAGAGCGAGGGCUGUAACCAUAUGAAGUGCCCAUUCUGUGCGGCGCACUUCUGUUACCGAUGCCAGCAGCAGAUUAGCGGAAGCGACCCCUACAAGCACUUCACCGGCAGUACCCCUUGUGCAGGUCGUCUGUUCGAUUUUGACCCCGCCGAGGAUGGCGGUUGGGUUCCUAUGGACGUGAUGUUCGACCUCUAA